AUGAAUCAAAUGGAUUUAUGCCGUAAAUCUAACAGUAUUUUGGGUCCAAAUGAAACACAACUGACUAUGAAAUCUUUACAAAUGAAAGAAUCACAACGGAAACAUUUCUUAUCUACUAUAAAUCAAAGAAAACAUCUAUCAUAUCCAAUUAAUUUUCAUUAUGAUCAAUUACUUGUUCAAUUAAUGAAAGAAAAUGGUCAUAUAAAUAUAAAUAAUUUAAUUAUUCCUAAAUCGACUAUAAAUCAACAAACAUAUAGGUGGGAUGAACCUUCAAAUCCAACAGCGUUGAAUAAAUCCAUACAACUUCGACAUAUUCGACGCAUUCAUGAUUAUAACAAUGCUAUAGAUAAUAAUAAUGUACAAUUAGCUGAGAACGUUUUAUAUCAAACAAAUAACAAUUCUGCAAUUGACAUGAUAACAUUGAAUACAGAUCGUCGAAAAUCCAGAAUGAGGAAUAGAAUUAAUCAAUUCUCUCCACGAUAUUCUUAUAUUCCAAAAGAAAAGUCUCCACAUUCAAUAUCUAGUCUUGAUGAAAAUGAAAUAGACGAAGUUCGAAAGAAGUUAGAUAAUCUUAAAUCAUUAUUUAAAGAAGUUAAAAAUCAAAUCGAUUCUUUACCCACUGAUAAUGAUGAUAAUAAUAAUAACACAAAUAAGAUUGAUGAUAGAAUGUUCCCAAAUACUUUAACUGAAGUGAAUCCUUUACAGACUACUGAAAAGAAUACUGAAGAACAUGAAGAAAACACUGAUGAUUCAUUUCAAAAUUUGCCUAAUUAUGCUACAUUUUCUGUGAAAAAAUCACAUGAAUAUGCUGUAAGAAAUUGGUUACUAUCAAAUUUUAAUCAUAUUUAA